UUCCGUAGACAUUUAAACAUCACUGACUAACCCAACAGCAAAAUCACUGCGGCUCCUCUACUGACCACAUUUGAUCAAUUCCACACACAUAAAGCUCCUCUUCUGACCGCACUUCACCUUCCUUUUCCAUAGACAUGAACACCUUACUGUGCCAUACCGGACCAUUUCCAGAAGCAUGAAGCUUCUAUACUGACCAUACCUGACGAAAUUCUGUUCUGGAAUUCCUCUAAAUUGACCAUACCUGAACGGUUCCGCAGACUUUUUAACGGCAUUUAAGGAUGCUCAAAUUUCGUGCUUUGACCAGGAACUGGUUAAUUAAACGAAUCCAGGCAAACAAUCUACUAUAUGUGCUUUCACUCAUUAUUUUCAUAUUAUUCCUCAUUCAAGCAACACAUGAGAAAUUCAAACCAUGGCAACGACGUGGACCACAACACGUGAUGCAUUCCAAAGUGGAUUCUUAUGCAAAAACGUCUGCGAAAUUCUCCAAGCAAGAUUCAAUAUUCGAAGAACGGCGCAGACGACUGCAAGAAGUCUGUAACGGGAACGAAAAUGUAUUCAUUGGUAACAACACGGAAGCUAAUAUCAAAGGCCGAAUGCACAUUGAUUCGAAACACAAAAUUAUAUACUGCGCCAUUGAGAAAACUGGCUCAACAUUUUGGAAGCGAACUAUGCAAAUUCUUAUCGGCAUACGGAAUGCUAGUAACCCGUUUGUUAUUCGGGGUAUGGAAGCGCAUUUCAAUUUCAAUACUCUGAGAAAGGUUUCUUUCGAUAUAGUUCACGUUCUUUUACAGAAAUAUACCAAAUUCUUGUUCGUGAGAGAACCGUACGCUCGCCUCUUGUCGGGAUAUGUCGACAAGCUUUUCUCGCCCAAUUCGUUCUACUGGAAAUACACAGGCACCUAUAUUGUUCGUUACUUUCGUUCACUUCCGUCUAACCACAGUAUCAAGUGUGGCCACGACGUCACGUUUCCGGAGUUUAUUGAUUACUUCAUAGAUUCGGAAGAACAUAAUCGAUUCAGAAACGGCCAUUUCACACCGAGUUACGAUCAUUGUCGACCUUGCCAGAUUCAGUACGAUAUCAUUGGGAAGCUUGAGUCAUUCAAAAACGACACUAUAUACAUUCUGGAAAAACUUGGUGUAGAUUCUCUCAUCCAUUUCUCAGAUUUUGCCAGAGAGAGCGAAAUCGACGCUUUAACCGAUGCGGCAGAUAACGUCUACGCGAUGAGGUUGGCGGUCACAAAAUGCAUGACAUUCACAGAAGCCUUACGUCGAGUGUGGAAGAAAAUGCAGAUCCGUGGUCUUUUGAGCCGCGAAAUUCCGUUUCCUUAUUCAGACGAUUCUCGGGCUUACAUUCCAUAUUCCACUUUCUCAAAAACAUUACUCGAUGCUCACGCGCGUUCUGGUCCCCGGGAUAAAAGGAUCGAAAACCGCAAGCUGGCUCUCAUAGAGGCCUACCGACAAAUCGACUACAGACAAUUGUUGAGGCUGAAAAGAAUUCUUGAACCGGAUUGCAAAAUAUUUGGUUAUGAUCCGGAACCAUCCAUUAUCUUCCAGCAAACCAGGCAGCCUGAAUCUUUCUAUUUUAUGUUUGAUUAUUAAACGGUUGGCAAAUCGGUUUGAAGUAAAUCAAAUGUUGGACUUUGUGGCAAAACGUCUUAAUUUGGAAAAAAAUCUCCCAAAAUUCACGGAAUU